GGGGCGGAGCCUGACCCCGCGGUGUGAGGAAUGAAUGCUUUAUUGAGACGCUGCGUGGCCCGCGCGGGCACUCCCUGUAUUUGGAGAGGGAAAUCCUUCAGCUCUGGGAAUGAGCCGGCAGAAAGCAACCGGGUGACUCCGAUGCUGCGGCAUCUUAUGUAUAAAAUAAAAUCUACAGGUCCUAUCACUGUGGCGGAGUACAUGAAGGAGGUUUUGACCAACCCAGCCAAGGGAUAUUAUGUGCAUCAUGAUAUGCUAGGAGAAAAAGGAGACUUUAUUACUUCACCUGAAAUAAGUCAAAUCUUCGGGGAGCUCCUAGGAGUGUGGUUUGUUAGUGAAUGGAUAGCCUCUGGGAAAAGUACAGCAUUCCAGCUGGUGGAACUUGGUCCAGGUCGGGGUACCCUCACAGCAGAUAUUUUGAGGGUUUUCAAUCAGCUUGGGUCCGUGUUAAAAACCUGUGACAUUUCAAUACACCUUGUAGAGGUGAGCCAAAAGUUAAGUGAGAUUCAAGCACUGACACUGACUGAAGAGAAGGUCCCUUUGGAGAGAGAUGCUGAAUCCCUGGUGUACAUGAAAGGUGUCACGAAGUCUGGGAUUCCAAUCUCCUGGUACCGAGACCUGAAAGAUGUUCCUAAAGGAUACAGCUUUUAUCUCGCACAUGAGUUUUUUGAUGUUCUUCCUGUGCAUAAAUUUCAGAAAACACCACAUGGAUGGAGAGAGGUGUUUGUUGAUGUUGACCCACAAACUUCUGACAAACUGAGGUUCGUCUUGGCACCUUGUGCGACCCCUGCAGAAGCCUUCAUACAACGUGAUGAAAGAAGGGAGCAUGUGGAAGUAUGUCCGGAUGCUGGAGUUAUCAUCCAGGAACUGUCCCAGCGCAUUGCAUCAACUGGAGGUGCUGCCCUGAUUGCAGAUUAUGGUCACGAUGGAACAAAGACAGACACCUUCAGAGGGUUUUGUGGACACCAGCUUCACGAUGUUUUGGUUGCUCCUGGAACAGCAGACCUGACAGCUGAUGUGGACUUCAGUUACCUUCGCAGAAUGGCACAAGGAAAAGUAGCCUCUCUGGGUCCAGUGGAACAACGAACAUUUCUAAAAAACAUGGGCGUUGAUGUCCGGCUGAAGGUUCUUUUGGAUAAAGCAAGGGAGCCAUCCAUGAAGCAGCAGCUCCUUCAGGGGUAUGAUAUGUUAAUGAAUCCUCAGAAGAUGGGAGAAAGAUUUAACUUCUUUGCCUUGCUACCUCAUCAGAGACUUCAUGGGGGAGGUCAAGAAAGGAAUGCCUGCCAGUCAGAACCCCCCACAUCCUCUGUAGCUGGGUUUGAUGAACUUGUUUGGCAGUGAUAUUUCAGCUUGGACUUUUUAUUCCUCAGUAGGCCUUAAAAAUCAAAAUAAAAGAAAUUCACUUUGCAUACUGAAGGUUACAUAAGUAUUCAAACUAAUAUCUCUUUUCAGUCAAUAAAAAUAG